AAAAUAUAUUUAUACAUAUUGUUAUUAAUUUGUUUUAAUGUGUCUUAUGAUAAUUUUCGCAUACAUGAAUUUUGAUGCUUACAUGCUUCGGAAGGUCUCAGCUGGAUCUGCAAUAUACGUUAAGCUCAAAUAGUAAGUUAGGGUCUGUUUCACUUAUGUUGGUCUUGAGGAAGUUUGAAGGCAUGCAUAAGCCGAUUUAUUAUUUUUUUUUAUGGCAAAGGAAGAAGUUUUUGUAUCAAAAUCUUUUCUAAUUCACAUGCCAGACCCACCAUAUUCCUCACCAUACCCCCAGGGGUAGGGUGGGACUGAACCAUACCACCGUAGUGAUGUGCACUAUAUGCUUUCAGGUUUAGUUUUUCCGAAUAUUACGUAGGUACCUAGUGUUGAUAGCAUCCUUUAAAACAAGUAUAAAUAUGUACUUGAAAUUCUUUUUUUAAUUGAUUGUUCUCAAUAAUAAUCUUAUCGUGUAUUUAUUUCAAGUAUCCUUUUGUCCCUUACAAUAGGUAAAAAAUAUGGAAAAAUGCUAAAUCGCCAAAGUUCCGCAUUACGCAAACAAAACCUGAGACAAGAAUCGUGGGAAUCACGGCCGCCUUACCGCUUUUACCUGCCGAUAAAAUAUUACUAGGACUAGAUUAUAUGAAAUCAGAAUACGAUAGCUUGAAACGGAUGCAUAAGUUCAUAAGCUACAUUGAAAGUUUUUGGGUAAAAAUACAUACUUCCGACGUAUUCAGCAUUUACGGUAAAAGACAUCGAACGACAAAUAUUUUAGAGUCGUGUCAUUCAAAAUUGAAUAAUUUUCAUAAUAAGAAUACAGUAACUUUAAUGCGACUGUUAAAUGUUGUACACAAUAUUCAUAAAAUAAAAGUUACUCCCAAAAAACGUUGAGCGGAACAAUUUAUUAAUGAUGAUUUUAUAACAGAAGUCCAAAUGCAGUUAGUGCACACGAAAUCACCAUUGGGAAUGGGUUAGACAAAUUAAGAACACAGAUUAUCAUCUUUUAAGUUUUUCUGUUUAAGAUAAAUAACAAAAUAAGUAUUUGUUAUAUAUUUAGGUUAUGCCAGAACAGAUUUCGGUUUUUUUAAUAAACUAUAUAUUUGUAUCUGUUAGGUAUCUAUUUUUUUUUCUAUUUUUCCAUCAAAUCCCAGCACUACAACGGUGGUAUGAUUCAGUCAUUCAGUCUGGCAUGCUAAUUCAGACACUUACAAAUGCGAUAUAAUCCUUAUUCUUGCAAACUGCUAUGUUACAUUAUUUAGAAAUCAAGUUAAUAUCUACCCGUACGGAUUUUCCGAUUCUUAGCACAACCCGGAGUACCUUACAUAAAAUAGCCGAAGCACUCUUUAGGCCAGCAACGAGUGGUCUUUGAUCUUUAUUUUAUUCAACAAACUAGCUGACCCAAUAAACUUAACAUUUUCAAGAUUAGUUAAAUUGAUGAUUUUACAACUGUAAACAAAUAAAAAAAAAACAAUAGUUUAUCAGGAUAAUAGUUAUAUUGUCUUUGCUUCUCUUAUUCGUCAAGGACAUCUCGUCUUGCUUUAGACAUUCUUAACUUAUUUUGUUUGCUGACGAUAUGAAGAUUCUUUGCCCAGUAGCAUCAUAUCAGAAUCAAAUGCGCAGCUUCUGCAAAACAAAUCUUGGAAACUCACAUUUCCUCCAAGUUUACCUAAUCAAUCUGCGUUUAGCUUUAGAACUAUAUUAUAAUACAGCUAAACGUACGAGUAGCUUGUUUAGAUGGGUGAGUGAUGAGGUAUGGGUUUUUUUGACACUUGUACGAGCGUUUUUAUCGAUGUUAUCUACGAGGUUCUUAUCGACUUUAAUAAAAAUAGAUACAUUUUCACUGAUUUCUCAGCACCGCCAUCAAACAUUAUGUAGCACUGGAAGAGAUCUGUGGGAACAUUUCAAUCGUGCAAAUGUCUCUCAACCAUAAAUGACUGAAUUGUGAAAGAAUAAAAAAAAUGGCCGUGUUUAGACUUUUCUGUAUUUUGAUUGUAUUGGUGACUGUUAACUGUUUGCCUAUUUUCAAAAAUGAUGAUAAAGUAGAAUUACCAGAGAUAGAUUCCUCUGAGGAUGUGCAAGUUGUAAAUGUGAGUGCGCGAGAUGAACGUCUGUCAAGAAGUUCGUUAAGACCUGGGAUGCAAGUUCGUAGCUACGCGAUCGAAAUUGAGCCUGACAUUGACAGUGGAACGUUUACUGGAACAGUGUUAAUAAACGCGCUAAUAAUUGACCAGGCGACAAUAUCGGACCCUAUCCUUUUUCACGUUGAAGACUUGGAUGUCAAUAGUGUUGAAGUCGCAAUAGGCGGAUCAACUCAAUACAACGACGCAAAUUUCGAAGUGGUCGAUGGUGAACUGAGGAUUACCGACUUGUCCCGGUCAACGUAUUGGUUCAGAAUAAGUUAUGAAGGUAAUUUGGAUCCGACCGCUGGAUUGUUUGUUGGAUCAUAUGACGGUGGGAGUUACUUAGCAAUGAAUCUUUUCCCGACUAAUGCUAGGCGAGUAUUUCCCUGCAUAGAUGAACCAACAGAAACAUCUAUCAUAUCUUUUACUAUCAACGAAGCACCCUAUGCCAAUAUAAUAUCAAAUACUCAGCUAGAAGCAGCAGACUCGGUCUCUUUUAAGUCGAUGGCAGGAGCGCCGUUCCGAUGGGCGCUUUUCGGUCAUGAUUUUACGACUUACAAUGUGCCGGUUACAAAUAUUGUCCAACUUGCUGGUAGACCAGGCUUAGCCGGUCAAGAGAAUCAAGCAUCGGUUGCUAUCAAUUCUAUCUAUGGCACUCUAAACGAAUGGACAAACAAACCUUAUUUAGAAAUAGUAAACAAUCAAGCAGACAAUAUGCAUAUAUUGGCUAUACCAGAUGUCGAUAUUGAAUGGAACACACUGUCCGUGAUAGGUCUUUGGGAACCCUACUUGAUGAUGGUCACACAACAACACUCAGUGAAGCAAAAGCAAGUUGCUCUUGUUAAGAUUGCAGAGGCUAUAGCUCGACCUUGGUUUGGAUUCACUCUUGUGGCCGAAAAUUGGAUACACCAAUGGAUAAUAACCGGGUUCCAGACUUAUGUAGCUUAUGAAGCUGUAAAAGAGCUGGAGAGCGGAAGCACAGAGGCCAUCGACUACGAUGCCAUAUUCGUCACCGAUGUAAUACAAGAGGGCUUGUAUCGGGACGGUUAUGCUUCAGCAACAAUUUUACAGCCCGAUGAUUUUAUUGACGAUGAAGUAGACAUCAGAAGUCACAUAAAUAAUGGUCUGUUAAAAUAUAAAGCACCGGCUAUACUAUCGAUGCUGAGACUAGCUAUGCAUGAAGAAACAGAUUUUAUAAAAGUUGGAGCUCAGGGCUUGUUUGUCCAAAGUAAUGUGGACACAGUGAACACUUUUAAUUUCUUGGACAAUGUUGGUGCUCCGUGGGAUGCACUUGAUGAGAAGCUGUUUAAUAACUUAGAAGAUUUUUUGAAUCCAUACAUCAAGGCCAGAGGAUGUCCACUUUUGUCAGUUACUUAUCAAAGAAACCUAGUAACUAUAGCGAGGUCAACUUUUAAUUUCGCCGGAGUACCGAGCGCUACUAACUUCUUCGUACCUAUAACGUUUACCACAAGUGCGGAUCCUGAUUUUGAAAAUGUAAUCCCCUCGAGAGUAUACAAUGAACCGACCUCCAUAGAAAUACCAGUAACCCUUGGCGAAGACGACUGGAUACUAUUCAACAUACAAGGAAGAGGUUAUUAUCGAGUUCAAUAUAAUCCUGAUAUGUGGGAAAGAAUAAUUGCAGCUCUCGAGGAUCCUGAGAGAAGAAACGAAAUACACCAUUUGAACAGAGCCACGUUACUAGAUGACUCCCUCAAUUUAGCAAGACGGAUAGCUUCUGGCCUGAACUAUGAUAUAGCGUUACGGAUAGUUUUGUCAAUGGAAUUAGAAAAAGAAUAUGCUGUUUGGAAGGCGUACAUUAGAAAUAUGAAUUUCAUAAGAAAACGCCUGGAUGCAUUGGUUACAAAUAACGAUGAAUUGGACCCUCAAGUUUAUUUAAGAAUAGUUCGAAGGAUCAUUAGUACCGUAGAAAAUGACCUAGACUUCAGAGCUGAGAAUCGUGUCGAACCGUCCAUGGAUACUUUGACUCGGGGUAUGGUGAUGGACCAUGCAUGCCGAGCGGGCUCCGAGACCUGCAUAGCAGCUGCCAUUGACUGGUUUUAUCUCGAUAAUGGAGUUAAUCCAAAUAUUCCCCGUGAUUUGAGACCUGCCAUUUAUUGCGCGAUGGUACGAGAGGGUGAAGAAGAUGUGAGGGAGAUGUUACUUGAACUUCUAGAAGAUAGUGAAACCAGAACAAUGCACGAUCGCGUUGUUAUUUUGGAAUCACUAGCGUGUUCUCACGAUGAAGGAUUUAUAGAAGGUUACUUAGGGGAAACAAUUUCAGAUGAUAGCCCAUAUUCAAUAGCAGAAAAGUUUAGAAUAUUCACAGCCAUCGCGGAAAGCAGUUACAACAAUGCUAAAUUAGCAUUAAGGUUCUUAAGAGAAAACACCAAUGAUAUCAGACAACAUUACGGUGGAAGUGCGAAAUUGGAAGAAGCUCUAUUUGUACUUGCUAAUAACAUCGUAGAAAACGACAUGGCCACAGAUUUCCGUAAUUGGCUUGGGGGCAAUAGUCAUAACUUACAAGACUCUCAAAAUGCGGCAAAUGUAGUACAGGAGAUCAUUACUGAAAACAUCGCUUGGUCUGACCGUCAUCUCCAAGAUGUCUACGAUUGGAUGGAACAGAAUGAUGCCACGACGGCUGCUGUAUCCAUGCUUCUUCUUUGUAUGACAGCUUUCAUUACCUUGUUUAGCUAAGUUAAUGCAAUACAUUCAAGUGAAGAAUUGUUAGGUUUGCGUUUUACAUAACAUAACCAAAUGGAUUUGUACAAGAUUAGUUGUGAUUUGUGCGUCAGUGCUCUGUUUAUAAAUUUAGGCUAACAAUUUCCUUUAUACUGGAUAUAACACAAGUCUAUAAGGAAAUAAAAUUUCAUAAGUUUCAUUUUACGUCAUUACAACUUCAUCUUCAUCGUCAAUACCAAAUAUAUAUUUGCCCAAAGAGAGAUUUAAAUCAUUAAAAUUUGAUGAAGCAAAUAUUUACGGAUUUAAUUGAACAGUUUUGAUAUCUAGUGAAGAAUUUUGUAAAGUAGGCACCUGGUACCUACUUGGUUACCUUAUUUACUUGUUUGCUUUAAAAAACAUAAAUUUAAAGAAAUUAGAAAUAAUAAAUAGCAAGAAUAGGUUUUUUUUUAUUGAUUUUAUUAGGAUUAUGUGUUUUAUUUUAUUUGUAAUAUAUCGUUGUACAUUAUAUGUAAGGACUCGACUAAUUUUUUUUUAUAGUAAAUAAUAUACGAGUAUCUAUAUAAUUAAUCUUGGGUAUGGGAUGUUCGCUAGGUUUAGCUUACAUGUACUUUACGAUUUAAUAUUAUCGACUAAUAUUUUAAGUGAAAGAAAAAAAAACUUAGUUAUCAAGGGGUAUGGUGCUGGUUUAGUACUAAGUACAUAAUAAUUAGUAUACUAAAAUGUAUUUUAAAGGCAAAAAGAACUCUUUGCUAUUAUAUAAAAUAGUGUUGGAAGUUUAUUUUUUCCUUUUUUGGAACGUGGCACAGAUAAGUACCUACGCUUAAAAUUUCUCACAAAUAGUAAGUACUCACAUCACUUCAGUUUAUCAGAUGUCAGGAUGGAGUUAUUUUGUUAGAUGUCACAAAAAA